AUGAUAUGUUGUGGACAUAAUUUCUCUUUUGGCAGGUCCUGCCUUGAUGAGAAUGUGGCUUUUUUGACGACUGCAGACUCAGCUGUUAAGCUGCUUCCUGAAGCUACAAAGCCUAUAACUGGGUGGAAGGGCCUUGAGUAUAGAACUGCAUUUCCAAUGCUAAAACCACCUGGUGCUAAUUUUUACCCUCCAGAUAUGGACAAAAUGGAAUUUCAAUUAUGGAAGGACAGUCUUACAGAGGAUAAAAAACAAGAGGCAACAGGGUUCUUCAAUGUUUUCAAAAGGCAUAGUGAAUUCAUUUUGGACGCAUCACUAUCCGAGAAUGCUACAGUCAGCUCUAGUCAUGGUCAUGAUCUUUUUAUGGUUCCUUACUCUUCAGAGUAUAAGACUUUCCUUGCAAAAGCUGCUGAUUUACUACAUAAAGCCGGAGACUUGACCAGCUCACCUAGUUUGAAGAGGCUGCUACAUCGUAAGGCUGAUGCUUUCCUUUCAAAUGACUAUUAUGACUCAGAUUUAGCGUGGAUGGAAUUGGACUCUAAAUUGGAUGUUACUAUUGGCCCAUAUGAGACUUAUGAAGAUGCCAUCUUUGGAUACAAGGCUACAUUUGAGGCAUUCAUUGGAGUUCGUGAUGACAAAGCAACAGCUCAAGUUAAACUCUUUGGGGACCAUUUACAGGUAUUGGAGCAAAAUCUUCCAUUGGACAAUGUUUACAAAUCGGAUCAUGUCAUUGCUGCUCCUAUUCGUGUCAUCCAGCUUGUUUAUAAUGCAGGGGAUGUGAAGGGUCCUCAAACUGUUGCAUUUAAUCUUCCAAAUGAUGAGCGUAUAGUAAAAGAUCGAGGCACAGCUAUGGUCAUGCUUAAGAAUGUUUCAGAGGCGAAGUUCAAGCUUAUUCUUCAGCCUAUAGCUGAUGUAUGUAUAAUGAAGGAACAACGGGAAUUUGUAGACUUUGACUCUUUCUUCACUCACACAAUUUGCCACGAAUGCUGCCAUGGGAUUGGACCUCAUACCAUAACACUUCCAAAUGGGCAAACGUCUACAGUGAGAUUGGAGCUGCAAGAACUCCACUCAUCUCUGGAAGAAGCUAAAGCUGAUAUUGUUGGACUUUGGGCUCUUAAGUUUCUAAUUGGAAAGGUCAGUCACUUAAUAAAUAUUGUCGUGUGUUGCUACAAUUAG